CGGCGCCCGGGAUCGAGCAGGGGAUCGGGGCCGGGCUCCCUGCACUAGGAGGGGCGGCGGCUGCAGCCUCUGCGGCAGAGUCUCCCUGCUGUCCUAGAGGGGCUGGGCACUGCCCUCUGUCCCCCGCCCGCCAGCAGAGGGGCCUCCCCGGAUCCCCGCCCGGGCACAGCCUCCCUGCCCCCCAGAGGGCCUGGCUCUCCCCCAGGGCAGGGAUGGUGCCAUGGGAGACGCCUGUCUCCUUCUCACCCAGCAGGACCCUGCCCGCCCAGGCUGCCCUGACUUCCUGGGUGGAAGAGCCCAGGGCUGAGAGGAUGGGCAGAUGCCUCUGGGUUAACUGGCAACAGUGUAGUGCCCAAGCGCCAUGAGAUGAUAAACCCCUGAACAGACGGCCGGGGUAGCGGUGGGCUUGGAGUCUCCAAAUGCAGCCUGGCUGCCUUCCUGGAGGCUCCGUGCAGGUGUGUGGGAUGUACCCCUUAUGCACUGCCCGGGGGCUCCGGCCCCCCGGCCCUGUUCCAGAAGCUGAAGGAAAAAGUGAGAUUGUUAAGAAAUACCCUCGGAUGAAACCAAAGCAACCUCUGGUCGAGUGUGAGGCUGGACGGGGCCAUGGGACCAGCUCGUCCGGCCUGGCAUGUGGAGCGGAAAGUGGGGAGGCCUCUCCCAGCCCGGGUGGCGUGACCUGCCUUCGUGACGCGUCAGGGAGCAACAUGGCUGCCCUCAACUCCCAGAUGGAGUGCGGGGAGGAGCUGCAGGUCCCGGAUCCCCAGGACUGUGAGGAAGGGGAGAUGCCACGUGGUGCCAGCCCAGCAGAUGACCGGGCGAGCAAGGAGGGGGCUGCCCAGCUGGACGGGACACCCAAAGGAGCCCAGCUGGACGUUUGCCAGCACUCAGAGCGGGUUGGGAGCCUGCGCCGGUCGGGAAGGAGAAGCGGCUCUGGGCAGCAGCCAGAGACCCCCACCGAGCCAGUCCCCCAGCCCCGAGGAGCUCAGCAGCGCUACGUGUGCGCCGAAUGUGGCCGCGGCUUCGCCGUGAGCGCCCGCCUGGUGAAGCACGAGCGGACCCACACCGGGGAGCGCCCCUUCGCCUGCGCUGAGUGCGGCAAGCGCUUCACCCAAAAUGCCAACCUGGUGCAGCACCGUCGCACCCACACCGGGGAGCGCCCCUUCUGCUGUGGCGACUGUGACCGGCGCUUUGGCACCAAAGCCGACCUGGCCCGGCACCGCCAGUCCCACACCGGGGAGCGCCCCUUCCGCUGCGCCGAGUGCGGCCAGGGCUUCAGCCAGAGCUCCAACCUGCUGCGCCACCAGCGCUCCCACACCGGGGAGCGCCCCUUCGCCUGUCAGGACUGCGGGGCCGCCUUCGCCCGCAGCGCCCACCUGGCGGCUCACUGCCGCACCCACACUGGCGAGCGCCCCUUCCGCUGCGGGCAGUGUCGGGAGCGCUUCGCCCAGGCCACCGCGCUGAUCCAGCACCGCCGGCUGCACACGGGCGAGCGCCCCUUCGAGUGCUCCGACUGCGGCAAGGGCUUCACCCGGGCCGCCACCCUGCAGCACCACCAGCGCCUGCACGCCGGCCAGCGCCCCUUCCCCUGCCGGGACUGCGGGGCCACCUUUGCUGCCCACGCCACCCUCCGCCAGCACCGCCGCAGGCAUUCCGGGGAGGCGCCCUUCCGCUGUGCCGAGUGCGGGCGCCGCUUCGCCGUCAGUUCCGCGCUGCUCCGGCACCAGCACGUCCACACCGGGGAGCGGCCGUUCACCUGCCACGAGUGCGGCACCGGCUUCAGCCAGAGCUCGGCGCUCGUCCGCCACCAGAGACUCCAUGACUAGGGCUUGGCAGUCCCAGGCCCGGCAGCAGCAAGCCAGGGUGCAACCCCUGGUGGGAGCGGGAGGCUCCGGGCCCUGCUGGGAGAAGGGUGCCACGGGGGGCCUGUACGAGUGGGUGAGGGGAAGGUGCUCUGCGGAGGUGGGUUAAUUCAGCUGGAAUAAACAAGCCCACAGGGUCUGUGGCGUUAACGGGACCCUGUCGCUGCCCAGUGCUAAGCAGUUCCACUUGGUUUGGGGUUCCAGUCCAGAGACCCCGCCUUGCUGAGCCCAUAUGGGGCUGAUGUCCCAGCAAACAUCUCCUUAGCUUUCGAUUAAAGCUACCGAAAAGAGCGCUAA